AUGAGUGAAGGUGGACUAAAGCUAGCCGGCAAAAUUGAGAGACACAAACGCAAACGGGCGCCCGCGAGUGAGCUGGUGAAGGGCAGUUCGAGGGCAGGCCGACGAGGUGGUAGUACAGGUGGGGGCGGCUCCUCUCAGGCCACCCACGCACCGGCCUCGCCCGGAUCGGUCCGGGAGCAGGCGUCGAGGCGAACGGCGACCCGAAUGCUGCUGGACACGGCUGGACCGGCCAAGGGUGCACCACCCAAGGGUCGAGGAUCACCGACGGUGAAGGGUGGGACGGCCGCGGGGAUGGCCGCUGCUACCGCCGCCGCCGCCGCCGCCGCCGCUGCUGCUGCCCUGUCGGCGGCUAAGGGCGCGACGGACUUUUCGAUAGCGGCGAUCAUGGCACUGCGGGAGGGCUCCAGCGGGAGCCCUCUGGAAGCAGUUUUCGUAAGUGGCUCUCAAAACUCGUCCGUCGAGCGGCUGUCCGAAGCCGAUGAUGAGGUGGACGUCGACGUGGAGGAGUGCAGCGAUUCUGAGGAGCCCAAGUCGUCGGAUAGUGGCCGUGUGACGCACUCGCGCACAACCGAAACACCCAACAGUGUGUCCGUGUCGGACGAGGAACGGCUUUCACCCGAACCGGCACAGAAACGACCAACCAUCGUAGGAUCCUGCAAUUCUGACGACCUGCGGCCCGUUCAGUGCCACCUGGAGACGAAAGAGCUGUGGGACAAGUUCAACGAGCUUGGCACGGAAAUGAUCAUCACCAAAACGGGACGCCGCAUGUUCCCGACAGUGCGCGUAUCCUUCUCCGGUCCACUGCGCCAGGUCACGCCGGCCGAUCGGUACGUCGUGUUGCUGGAUGUGGUCCCAGUUGACAACCGGCGCUACCGUUACGCGUACCACCGGUCGGCGUGGUUGGUGGCGGGUAAGGCGGAUCCACCACCCCCGGCUCGGCUCUACGCCCACCCGGACACCCCGCUCGGGGCCGAUGCCCUGCGGAAACAGGUUAUCUCGUUCGAAAAAGUGAAACUAACCAACAAUGAGAUGGACAAGAAUGGUCAGAUUGUUCUCAACUCGAUGCACCGCUAUCAACCCCGGAUACACCUGGCACGGCUCGGACCGGGCCAAAACAUUCCCAUCACACCAAAGGAGCUGUCCGAUGUCGACCACAAGACGUACGUCUUCCCGGAGACGAUCUUCACGGCCGUGACGGCAUACCAGAACCAGCUGAUCACGAAGCUCAAGAUCGACUCGAACCCGUUCGCCAAAGGAUUCCGUGAUUCGUCCCGUUUGACCGACUUCGAUCGGGACCCGAUGGAUGCACUUUUACUGGAACAACAUCUUCGAUCUCCGCUGCGCCUUUUUGCCGAUCCGCUGAUGGCACAGUUCACUUCCGGUCCCGGUCAGGACCUACAGGAUGCCCAAUCUGCUGCCCUGAUUGAACAAGCCCGUCAACACCUGCAGAUGUGGGGUCGAUCACCGUACAACGAGCUACUCCUGCCCCAGAUGUACCAACGACCGCAGAAUCUCGGAGCACUCAACCUCGGCGUCUGGCAAAACUCGCCCAAUUGGCCCACGGGCCCUUCAGGACUUCCGGCCGGCUUCCUUCCGGCUAUGGCCGCUGCAGCUGCCGCAGGUGGAUCUCGCCACACACCUCCACCACCACUCGGUACACCACCGGCCCCCAUCGUCCUUUCACCGACGGCACCACUGACACCGACGAGCUCUUCCGGAUCACCAUCGCCGGAUCCGCGAGCUAAGCAUUUUACGGGCCGUUUCGCACCAUACCAAAUACCGCCAUCGCAUAUGCCUCCAACACACACGAUCGCGACGGCGACUUCUCGUUCUGCACCGCCGAGUUCACCCAGGAGUCCAUCCAACUGA